AUUCAAAGUUGCAACAAAUAUGGGGCGGCGUCGAGAUGAUGAUCAUACGCGUAACAGGAAACGUCGGUCGCGCUCUCGUUCCCGCUCUCGUUCUCCUGUCCUGCCCAGGAGGGCAUUCUCAUCUACUUUGGAAGGAUCCCUGCCUUUAGCCGCUUCGUUACCAACAUCUUCAUUAAUGGGUUCGUUACUGGCUGCUCAGGCGAAAGCAGCUGAGGAGGCGGCUGCCAAAGCCAAGGCAGAAAAUUCUAAACCCGCAGUUGGUAGUAUGACUGCUAUUGCCAAUGCAGCAGCUGAUAUGAUCAAAGCUGCUCGUAGUUCUGGUCAAGGGAUCGCAGGUAUGGAGGGUGCUCUUGUCAUUACUCCGAAUAUGGACAAAGAUAUUGAGCAGCGUCGCCUUGAUCUUGAAAUGCAAAAGAGACGAGAACGAGUAGAAAGGUGGCGACGAGAGCGAAGGCUGAAGCAAGAUAUCCUUGCAGCACAGCAGCGACUUGCCGAAAGCACGAGAGGAACUACUCUCAAUAAGUGGAAUCUAGAGGAUGAUGAAGAUGAAGAAGACGCCAACAAGAAGAAUACCCAGAUUGAAAAACCGACAGAUGAUGACAUUGACCCGUUGGAUGCUUAUAUGCAGGAGUUGAAUAAUCAAGUAUCCUCCGGUCCUGAAACUACUAAAAAUAACACUAAAAUUACUAAACAACUUGAAAUGUCACUAAAAACUUCUAAGGAUACUGAUCACGCUUCUUCAGAUCCCUCAGUCAAACCUAAACAGCAGUUAGUAAUUAAACGGAAAAGAAUUAUUGGGCGAGGUGAACUUAUGGAAAGUAACAUAGAUGAAUUAGAAUAUUCAUCUGAAGAAGAAGAUACAACAAUUGAGGAUGCAUUGGCUCAGCUACAGAAAAAAGACAAGCUACAACCUAUUGAUCAUUCCAAAAUUGAGUAUUUCCCUUUUCGAAAAAGUUUUUAUGUAGAAGUUCCAGAACUAGCAAAAAUGUCAAAGGAAGAUGUUAAAGCAUAUAGAGCUAGUUUAGAAAAUAUCCGCGUCCGUGGUAGAGAGUGCCCUAAACCCCUACGCAAUUGGGUCCAAGCAGGCAUUAGCUCUCGCCUUUUGGCUUGCUUAAAAAGGAAUAAUUUCGAAAAACCUACUCCAAUUCAGUGCCAGGCGUUACCCGUCAUAAUGUCUGGUCGUGAUAUGAUUGGCAUCGCUAAAACAGGAAGUGGAAAAACUCUAGCUUUUUUAGUGCCACUUAUGCGUCACUUGGAACAUCAAGCUCCUCUGAAUCCUGGAGACGGCCCAAUCGCCCUUCUGUUGGCACCUACUCGAGAACUCGCAUUGCAAAUAUUUAAAGAAACGAAAAAGUUAUGCCAAGCCGCUGAUGCUCGCGCAGUUUGUGUCUAUGGUGGGACUGGUAUUAGUGAACAGAUUGCCGAACUUAAACGCGGAGCAGAAAUUAUUGUCUGUACACCUGGCCGGAUGAUCGAUAUGCUUGCUGCUAACGGAGGGAGAGUAACAAAUUUACAUCGGUGCUCAUAUGUGGUUCUUGAUGAAGCAGAUCGUAUGUUCGAUUUGGGAUUUGAGCCUCAGGUGAUGCGGAUCAUUGAAAAUUGUCGUCCUGACCGCCAGACUUUGAUGUUUUCAGCUACAUUUCCUAGACAAAUGGAAAUACUUGCCCGUAAAGUACUAACACUUCCCAUAGAAAUCCAAAUUGGUGGGCGUUCGGUUGUAUGUUCAGACGUGGAACAGCAUGCGUUCAUCCUAUCAGAAGAAGAGAAAGUUUACAAGGUUCUUGAACUACUAGGUAUUUACCAAGAAGAGGGUAGUGUCCUCAUAUUUGUAGAAAAACAAGAAAGUGCAGAUGAGUUAAUGCGUGUACUUUUGAAGUAUGGUUAUCCAUGUCUUUCUCUUCAUGGUGGCAUUGAUCAAUAUGAUCGUGAUUCCGUUAUAAUGGAUUUUAAACGUGGUAAUAUUCGUCUCUUAAUAGCUACUUCCGUUGCCGCUCGUGGUCUUGAUGUUACUGAUUUGCUUCUGGUUAUCAAUUAUGACUGCCCAAAUCACUAUGAGGAUUAUGUUCAUCGUUGUGGACGUACUGGACGUGCUGGCCGAAAGGGUUUUGCCUAUACUUUUCUUACUCCUGACCAAGAACGUAGUUGUGGAGAUGUUGUUCGAGCAUUCAAGCAGAGUGGUCAGAAGCCACCUGAGGAACUAAUGAAUAUGUGGAAUGCUUACAAGAUCCGAAUGGAACAUGAAGGAAAAAAAGUAUACGGUUCUUCAGGUUUCCGUGGUAAAGGAUUCAUGUUUGAUGAAGUGGAGGCUCAGCUGAAUAGUGAAAAACGGCGUCUUCAAAAAGCUGCUCUCGGUUUACAAGAUUCAGAUGAUGAAGAUGGUGAUGGAAAUGUUGACUGGGAUUCAAAAAUUGAAGAUAUGUUAGCCACGAAAACGAAAAUCAAAGAUAUAUCAAAGAGUAAUAUAACGGAGAGUAUUUCUGAAAGUGCUGAGAUUAGUGCUCAAGCUGGACAAGCUGUUGUGAACGCAGCUUUAGCACUUGCUCGACAAAAAGCUGCACAGUUAGGACUCGUUAAAAACCUAACUUCCUGUGCUCCGGUUGUUGCACAAUCAAACGCUGUUGCGAAUGCCACCACAGUCAGCGAAUCCAAUCCUGCAAUUGCGGCUGCAGUCGCUGCCGUCACGAUACCUGUGCCUCCAGCCCCCACGAGCCGUACGUUAGCUGAACAAGCUGCCGAACGUUUAAAUGCUAAACUUGGUUACACUAAACAAGCAACAGGUGCUGGUGAUGAGGACGGUGCUGGUGCUAAUACUAGUGCAGGAAGUGACAUGGUUAGAAGAUACGAAGAAGAACUAGUUAUCAAUGACUUCCCACAAAACGUCAGGUGGCGUAUCACUGGUCGUGAAAUGCUCAAUCACCUCAGUGACUAUUGUGAUGUUGGUGUAUCUGUUCGAGGAGUGUAUAUGCCACCAGCGAAAGCUAAGCAGCACAUACCUGAAGGUACGGAUGACAGACCACUGUAUCUAUGUAUUGAGGCUGUCAACGAAAGACAGGUCGCUUUGGCUAAAAAAGAAAUCAUGCGUAUUAUCAAAGAAGAACUAGUUAAAUUGCAAUCUGGAAAUUCAAUAAAUCGUGGACGCUACAAGGUUGUUUAAUUUAACUUUUUGGUAUUUCUAUUUGAAUUGUUGUACAUACGCUAGCUGUAACGAUAUCUACAUUGGCAAUACCAAUUUAUUUAUAUAAAUAAACGUUUUCUUUUCAUAAA